ACAUUUAAUCAUUACAUUCGCCGUGAUUUCAGUGAGUCGUAUCGUAUUAUUUUUUAGGUUUUCUGUUAUGAAUAUCAAAGGGAAUUUCAUCUAAACUUUUGUUUGUCACCGUUAAAUUUUUCCUUCAUUAUAAAAAAUCUACGACAAAGUGAUUAAUAUUGUAUUUGUUUCAAUACAAAAUUAAAGGUGUUUCUCGACUAUAAUUGUUAUUACAUUGUAAUUGUUUGAGAUAUUUUGGAUGGUAAGCGAGAUCGCGUUCCAUCGACAAGUCUGAAUAGUGGGUAAUUAAUAUUAAGGUUUUCGAUAUACAAUGCGCUUGCUACCCUGCAUGAAAGGCUACGACGAAGACCAGGAGCACUCAAUUGAGAUAGACCGACAGAUAAAGCAAUGGAUUAAAAAUUAUAACGGUGCCAUAAAACUUCUGCUAUUGGGUACGGGGGAGAGCGGGAAGACAACAAUCAUAAAACAAAUGAAGAUAUUACAUGUGCACGGAUUCUCCGCGAGCGAAAGGAAAGAGAAAAUUAAACAUAUAAAAUUCAACAUCCACGAAUCGAUAUACGAGAUAGUUCACAGCAUGUCCCGUCUGAGCAUCGCUCUGCAGAAUCCGAGGAAUGUGCAAUCGCAACAGUACAUACUGAAGAUGGGUAGUGAGGGUCCUGCGGAAUACACCGAGGACUACUUUGACCACGUCCGGUCGCUGUGGAGAGACGGCGGGGUCAGGGAAUGUUUUAGACGAUCGAACGAAUAUCAGCUCAUUGAUAGCGCCGAAUAUUUCCUAGACAGGAUAGACUUGAUAGAGAAAGAAGACUACAUUCCGUCGGACAGCGAUAUACUUAGAUGUCGUCAGAAAACGACGGGGAUCCAAAAAAUUGAGUUCAAAGUCAAGAUACCGAAGUCGAUGCAGGGCGGCGUACAAGACUUCUGGAUGUUCGACGUGGGCGGCCAGAGGGGUGAAAGGAAAAAGUGGAUACAGGUGUUUGAAGGUAUCAACGCGAUCUGGUUCUUGGUGGCUUGUAGCGACUUCGACCAAACUUUGAGGGAGGACAACACCACUAACAGACUGCAGGAGUCCUUGAACCUCUUCGAAGACGUGUGGCAGAGCAGGUUUCUUCUGGAGGCUGGGCUGAUCGUGUUCCUCAACAAGCAGGACGUGCUGGAGGCGAAGGUGUCCCGGGGCCGCUCGCCCGCCACCCACUUCCCGGAGUACUCCCGGUACGAAGCGCCCGGGGACGAGUACACGAGGACCAAGCUCUUCAUACGGAGUCUGUUCGUCGACUUGACCAAGAGGCAGCGGCAGCGCGCCGUGGCCGCCUCGGCCGAGCGCUUCGUCGUUGGUGAGGCCCACAGGCCCCGGGAGUGCUACUUCCACUUCACGACCGCCACGGACACUGACAAUGUCCGGACCGUCUUCAGAGACGUCCACCAGAUCAUACUGACGCACGUGCUCAAUAAUAUAGGCGUUUAUUGAAUAAAAUAAAAUUGUUUUGUUGGCCAA